UAGUCCACAGGCUCCGGUGAGAGCAGAAGUCACGUCAUGAGCCAUCAUCUACUUACCCUACUCUAGUAAGGAGAUGUUCAGUUAUGGCGGAUGGAGACGAAGGAGUACUUGUUGAUUUUGAGGAAGUGCCCGAUGUUUCGUACGACCCAAGAAGCGAACUUUCAUCUUUCCCCCCAGGAGAUGAACACACAACGUCUGGUGGGAAUUUUUCCUUCCUUCUUUCCUCUGAAAGGGCCUCAAACGAACAGGAAAGAACUGUUCCAGAGUUGAUAAUCGCUGUUUACGUCGUGCACUUUGAUACAAGACGAGGAAAUGAAAUUGAAUGGAAGCAUCCUAGAUCAGUGGAUUUAACUGGUGUGGAAUUUAAAGCUUUGGCCAGUGGCUCACAUACAAUCACAAAAGACUUCAUAUACUUCAAAACCAAAGAUGGUCUUUAUGGGUUGAGUUGUUUUGAGCGUAUGGCUGUUGAUAAUGUGGCCGAGAGAGGAGCUAGAAUGAAAUCAGUAGGGAUUCUUUGUUCCAAGUACACAUCUCUUCAUGAACACAUGUCAUUCCUUGAAGAGGAAGUAAGGAGGCAGCUUGAAAACCCUGGACAUUAUGAGGAUCUUGAAAAUUAUUACAAUAGGUAUAAGAACUGUGUGCUUAGAAAUAAUUACUUUCCAUCUCCAACUCUUGAGAGGGUUCCUGGACUGGAGGAGAUACCAGUGUUACAGAUCACACAUCCAGCUGGGUGUUUCCCUCAGUUUAUCAAGUUCUUUGGGGAGCAAAUUUUUGUUCUCUGGAAAUUUGUUUUACUGCAGAAACGUAUUUUAUUCUUUUCACCUCCUCCUGUUGGGGUGGCUUGCUACAGAGUUUACUGUGCUUGUUUGUUGGCAAGCCAUGGGAUUCCAUUUGGUUUUGAAACUGGAAGCAACCCACUGUUUUUUACAAAUGUUUGUGACUUGAGUGCACUGCAUGAAGAACACAAAUACAUUGCAUGUACUACAGAAAAGAUAUUUGAGAGCAAGUUACAAGUGUAUGAUGUGUAUGUUGAUAACCAGAAUAUCAAGUGUAAACCACACUUGAGUUGGAUUGCAAACUUUAAUAAUGCAGACAGAGACAGGUUAGAAGAACUGGACUCCUUCAGGCAACAGCAGCUGUACACGGGAGGUGAAGUAACAGAUGAUGAAAAAAUGUAUACCAGGUUCUUUGUGAAUUUAAACAAUUCACUUUUCCAGACGCUUUUCGAGGUAGCUUCUACUCAAGACAGAGUUUUAACACCAGACAUGAUCCGAAACAUAGGGCUUGAUCCAAAGGGAGAUCGCCGUUUUCUGUCGGACUUGGUGGAUCUGUAUGGAAUUAAUGUCCUGAUUCCAGAACCAAAAUGCUGCCCGUUUUACACACCUUAAUGAUGACAGUUCUGUGUGCAGAUUUCUUACUCCUCAGGGAGGUCUGGUGAGAAAACUUUCAAUAGCUGUGACAUCACAACAUCGACACCUUGGAAAAAGGUUUUAGAAGACGUUCUUCGUACAUACAUACGUACAUACAUACCUACAUACUUUAUUUGUCAUGUAGGUCAGUACGAGAAGGCAGCUAAAAAGCUGAUGUGGACCUACAAAUUUAAAUAUAUCUACAACAAUUUAAAUAUUAAUGUUGACAAACUUAAGAAUUAUUUACAAUGAGUAAAAAAAAAAAAACUAUAAUACCAGUAAGAUAGUCAACAGUCAAUUGACUGUAGCGUUAAAAUAAAUAAAUAAAAGAAAAUAAUAAUAAAAAUAGCAUUAGAAUAUGUAAUUCACAAUGUCUUUGUUUAUUCCCUGUAAACCAUCAAAUAUUAUUUUAUCUAAAAUGUCAGAUUUGGCUUUAAGAGCAGAUUUAAAAGAAACAACGUUCGGUUUGCUCUUUAAGUACAUGUGUAAGUUAUUCCAUAAAAGAGACGCUCGAUGAGAGAAGGAAGAUCGAAGGAAAUUACUUCUAGGUCGUUGCACGUAUAGUUUCAGACCGUCCCUGAGAUUUCUUAACGGAGAUGUUUUAGUGAAUAGAGAGAUUAUACCAGCCGGAGCUCUAUUGUAAAAUGCCUGAUAAGUUAUAGUUGCAAUUCUCUUUUUGUAGAUGUAUGAUAAGGAUUUCCAUUUUGUCUUUGCCAGGACUUCAGUGUUGAGAGUAGAUUCCUUUAUGUUAAAAAUAAAUCUCGCUGCUCUAAUGUGAAUGUCUUCCAGGGUCUGAAGCGACUUUGAAACAAACAUGCUACGAUUGCCAGAUGGGUGCGUGAAGCAAAAUAUUCCAAUUAUAUUACAGAUAUUUGAAUCUAUUUCUUAAAUUAUCGUAGUAUCAUCUACCUUCAAAGCCCCGGUAUCUGAUCCUUUUACCUGCACAUUUUAGGGAUGAAAAUGUAGAGACUCCGUUCUUGAUGUAGUGAGGAGUUGUGAAAAGGUUUAAUUGCGCACUACAAUUGUUUUUCGCUCAACGAGCAGAAUUACAAAUUCUGUACGCCCUUACACGACAGUGGUGAAUAUUGAUUUUGGUUGCAAAGGACCUUCCUCUCAAAUAAAAUUUACAAGGUUCACCUAAAGAUAAUUUAGCCUAGUCUAUAAGGAAUAGAAAAAAUAAGUAUGUCAUGUUUUGGUGGAAGAUUUUGAAAAUUCCUCGCGGAAGAGACCAUAGAGUUUAGGAACCCCAAAGAGUGACUGACAUGUAAUUUCUCCUCACACCAUCAGCCUUGAGUCAAAUGUAAAGGUCAUGAGAAUAAA